CGCUUCUGGGACCCCCUCGCGGGGUGGGCACCUGCCCGAGUGAGGAGCCGGGCUGCCUGGACAUCAGCGAUUUCGGCUGCCAGCUCUCGUCUUGCCAUCGCACGGACCCGCUUCACCGCUUCCACACCAACAGAUGGAACUUAACAUCCUGUGGAACAAGUGUUGCCAGCUCAGAAUGUAGUGAGGAGCUGUUUUCGUCAGUUUCUGUUGGAGAUCAAGAUGAUUGCUAUUCCCUAUUAGAUGAUCAAGAUUUCACGUCCUUUGAUCUAUUCCCUGAGGGGAGUGUCUGCAGUGAUGUAUCUUCUUCUAUUAGCACAUACUGGGAUUGGUCAGAUAGUGAAUUUGAAUGGCAGUUACCGGGCAGUGACAUUGCCAGUGGGAGUGAUGUACUUUCUGAUGUCAUACCCAGUAUUCCAAGUUCACCUUGCCUGCUUCCUAAAAAGAAAAACAAGCACCGGAACUUAGAUGAACUUCCUUGGAGUGCAAUGACAAAUGAUGAACAGGUGGAAUACAUUGAGUAUCUGAGUCGUAAAGUCAGUACUGAGAUGGGUCUUCGGGAGCAACUUGAUAUUAUUAAAAUAAUUGAUCCUUCUGCUCAAAUCUCCCCUACAGACAGUGAGUUUAUUAUUGAACUUAACUGUCUCACAGAUGAAAAACUGAAGCAGGUCAGAAACUAUAUCAAGGAGCAUAGCCCUCGCCUACGGCCUGCAAGAGAGGCCUGGAAGAGAAGCAACUUUAGUUGUGCAAGCACCAGUGGAGUGAGCGGUGCCAGUGCCAGUGCCAGCAGCAGCAGUGCCAGCAUGGUCAGUUCUGCAAGCAGCAGUGGGUCCAGUGUUGGAAACUCUGCUUCAAACUCCAGUGCCAACAUGAGUCGAGCACACAGUGACAGCAACUUGUCUGCAAGUGCAGCAGAGCGGAUUCGGGAUUCAAAAAAGCGAUCCAAGCAGCGGAAGUUACAGCAGAAGGCCUUACGCAAGAGGCAGCUGAAAGAACAGAGGCAGGCUCGGAAGGAGAGGCUCAGUGGGCUCUUCCUUAAUGAAGAAGUGCUGUCCUUGAAAGUGACUGAGGAAGACCAUGAAGCAGAUGUAGAUGUUUUGAUGUAAUAAGGGUGAAUUUAUCAGCGUUCUUUCUAAGCAUUAAGUAUUCUAUCCUUAUUUGUUUACAUGCAUCUUGACCAAACUUUUGGUUAGGGCUGUGCUGAUGUACCAUUAAUAAUUUAGGUCAGUGGUUCUUAGCAGGUGGUCCUCGGACCAGCAGCUUUAGCAUCACCUGAGAAGUUAUUGGAAAUGCAUCCUCUGUGGCCCUACCCCAGACCUAGUGAAUCAGAAAUGCUGGAGGAGGGGCCCACCAUCGUGUUUUAACAAGCACCAGGUUAUUCUGCCACACACUCUAGUUUUAAGAACCACUGAUUUAGUAAAUGUUUUGACUGUUUAAACUUAGGGGUGGUUAAGUGGGCUUUUCAAAGACUAGUAGUUUUACAUUUAGAAGAUUUCAAGGUACUGCUGACAAGUAGUUUAUUAUGUCAGUAUAUAUAUAUAUAUGUGUGUGUGCAGCGAUCAUGAUUCAGUUUCAUUCUUAAUAUUAUAAUUUCUUAGUUUAGUUUUUCUAUAGGGCCAUAGCAUAAUUCUCAAUUCCUAGUGGAAAUCUUUUUUUGAGGUUAUGGAGGUGGGGUGUGGAUUGCUGUUUACAAUAGUGCCUUCAUUAGGUUUAGUUCUGUCUGUUUUCAUUCAUUAUUAACUCAAAGGUGUAAAAUCAGGCCCUGAUAUCUUUCCUGUUAGGUUUGUUUCUGUUUUUCACUUUAUGUAAAUUCAGAUUCCUUUCUGCAACUGAUGACUACUGAGAAAAUAAUGUUACUAGUAGCUGAAUUUUAGACUUGAUGCUAUGUUGAUUAAUAUUCAAAUGGAGAAAUCAAUUAAGCAAAACAACCAAUUCUACUUUUCCACUGCUUUUUGAAAUUUUAGGCUGUGAAACUCUCUUAAAGGCAGAAAAUAUCUCUAUCAAGUUCUUUUCAUAGGUCUUUUUAUUUUCAGCACAGCUCUAAUUUUUAAAUAUUUGGUAUAACAGCUUUUGGCAUGUGAACAGGUUAUGUUCAAAAUUAACUAAAAAACCCCUUACAGUUCUGCUAAACUUCUCUAUAAAUUGUUAGAAAUACACUGAGCAGUGAUAUAGAAAAAAACCUUAGCUUCUUGGCUACUAAUAGAACUCUAAUUUUAAAUGUGAAAUGGAGUUUAAAUGUUUUCAUGGAGAGUUUGUUAUCAUGAACAUUGGAAGUAGUGUGCUUCCUUUUAUUUUCCCACAUGUCUUUAAGCAUUCACAUGGGUUAAAGAAAAUGGAAACUGAUACUACUGACAAUCAAGCUGCUUUCUGACUUUCAUAGUUUUCUUUUUAUUGUGUAAACUUGGGAGGUAAUCAUGAUUCUGUAGAAGGAGUUGUAAUCAGUAUUUUUUUGAACUCUAGAGUCAGAGGUUGAUAGAUUCCUACUUUUUACAUUUUAUCCUAUCAGGUAACUUGUUAAGAAAAAGAUUAACAACUUAAAUUCUUAAUUCUCAGUUGAUUUAAUGUCUUAACCUUUGCUUAAGGUUUGCUUAAAUCAUGUGUUUUUGAAAUUUUGAUUUCAUUUUGGUUCCUUGAAGGUUAAAGAAUUGAAACUGAGAAAAAAAUUGAUGCAUUGCAGCUUUGCUGAGGUCUGUGGUAUAGUUGUAACAUUUUGAAGACUGCUAAAUUCACACUUUAAAAUUUUACUUUAAGAAAGUAUGUAUGUGUAUAUGGGUAUCAGUUGGAGUAGUCCUGAUUUUCCUCUUACCCCCCACUUUGGUGCUCCUGGCUGUCUUGGAGAGCCCAAAGAAAGCUUGGGGAUAGAUCCCAGAAUACUCUGAGGAAGAUGGAAGGGAUCUACUUUAUUGUGUUUUCCCUUCCAAAUACAGGAAGAGUAAAUGGAGAGAAGAGCAAAUACAGUUAAAUUCUCUACCUGCUCUUAGCAAAAGCAGAAUUCCAGAGAAUGAUUGUUCUCUUUACCCACUCUUCAGGGAAAACAGGCCACUUUUGGAGACUGUAGAGCAGCAUUUAUCUAUUAAAUAGUUGGAAACAAUUUACUUGACAGUGACGAGUAAAAGAAAAUCCUUAACAGUGUCAUGAUAUAAGACCAGUUCCUCUACUCUACUCUCCCAACAAUCACAUAGUCUUAUUACCCUAGAUUUAACUUAACUCACUAUUAAACAAGUUUACCAAAGCACCACAAAGCCAAUUUUUAAAAUUUAUAAAGGUUUGAGUAUUUAUAGUAAAGUACACCAUGAAAUUUUGUAAAAUCCGGAUGUGUUAUCUUUACAAUACUAUAAAUUAGAGAUUGCUCAUAAAGUUAGUUUGGAAGAGAUUGAAAGAAAAAAAAUUUUAAAGUUUAAGCAACUUGGGUUUGCUUAUGACUGAAGAGGGAGAUUACAAAGUCUUUUUCUACCUACCUGCCCACCACCAAAAAAAAAAAAAAAAACCAGCAGAAAAAGACAAACAAAGUUCACUUGUCUUUGUUAAUAUGCUAUAUUUUGGGAGGGCUUUAAUGCCCCAUGUUGAUAAUUCAAAUUUGAAUUACUUCUUUCUUGGAAUGAGUUAUAAAUUUAGUCUGGUCUCUCUCUGAGUUCAAUUUAAAACAAAUCCAACUCAAUAUUUUUUUUGUUUUAAAAUAUAAACCCUAACUAACCAAUUAAUAAAAAUAUGAGACUUAUUUGCUCCACUGUCAGUUCUUAUCUGUAGAGAAUUGACAUUGGAGCAAAUAAAGUUUUCCUUUUUAAAAGUAAGCCUUGUUAAUUGAGGGCAUGAUAAAAUCCCCUCAUAUUUAUCCAGAAACAUUUUAUUAGAGAUCUUGUGUGUAUGUCAAUUACAUCUCAACAGAACUGGAAAAAGGAUCUUAUAAGAAGUCUGUCAGUCCCUACCACAGCUUUUAAAGGUAUAAACCUUGAAUUAAACAAAAUGGCAUGUCUUUUUCUACAGUUUUUCAACCGAGUUAAAGUAAGUUGAUGUAGUAUAAUGUGUAGUGGAGUAUAAAGGGUUAACUCAUUCCGCCCCAGGAAGAACUUAGAGUAAAAUAACACUUUUUUUCCUUGAGACUUGUCUCAUUUUCAUUUAGGCUGUGGCAGUUUUGUCCAUUUUGUCAGUCCUUUGGGUCAUCUAGAUAUUGCUGAAUUCCAGAAACUGACUUAUAAUUAAAUGACUCUAUGGAUUGGGUGGACAUCUCAUUUUAUUUAGCUCUUAGAAGUGCUAAAAUCCCUCAUGAAGGAACAAUUUCAAGAAACUACUGUAUAAAGGUAUCCAGAUUCUGAUGAGCUUUAAAAAUUGUGAAAUUUAUCAAAUGUCUUCAUAUUUAAGCCAAAAAUGUUAGUAUAUCUGACAAAUAUAGAAGUCUUGUUUCCAGGAGUCUCUAGCAGAAUUUUUUGUUCGUGGCUUACUCUAUAUAGCCUCAUGUGCCUUAAAGGGGAACUCUAUACUUUUUGUCAAUAUCAGGCUUUUCCAAAAUCAAAAGUAAUCUGAAUGUUGUAAUUCGUUUUAUAAAAUGUCCACACUGUUGGAUAUCAGUAAGCAAAGGCAUUAAAUCAAACCAAUGAUAAUAGAGUGUAUAACAAAACAAAAACCUUCAGAUCUUAAAUUUCACUUGCAUAACUUUAUUUUUGGCCCAGCUAGGUCACUGAAGUUAUCUAAAGUAUAGCUCAAUGUAUUCUUUUUUUUUUCCGUGAAAAACAUCAUAAGCCAGAAUACUUUUUAAAACCAGAUAACUCUAGAAAGAUAAUUUUAAAGGAAAAAGUACUUCAAGAACAGAGAUUAUAUAGCAAGUUGAUUCUCUUAUUAAUUUGGGGGAUUCGUUGUAUUCAUUCGUGUAAUACCUGAACACUCUCCUUCCCUUUAACAAAUUACCUUUUAGCAGGUCUAUCUUCAAGAAAAAUGUUUGCUUGGAAUUGGGAAGGGGUUAAAGUCAGUUUAUAGUUUGAGAUGGUAGACAGGAAAAUUUCCAGUUACAUUCAAAUGAUGGUACUGAUGUUGAGCACACUGACAUUCAACAUGUCUAAACUUAGAGGUAAAUUUAAUCCUUAAAAGGACUAUUAGGUAGAAAAUAAGUAUUUGUGUACACAUGUACUGUAGUAACUUUGGAUUCAUUGUAAGUCUGACAAAGUAAGAUAAAUUUUAUCUUUACAAUCAAAUUAUGCUAAGUGAGUGAGAAGCAUCUGAGAAAUAUUUAGACCUCUGUCAGCAUAGUAUCUGGAACAUAGCUCCUUAGAAAUGCUUAAUUCUUAUUUCUUUGGAAAAUAACUUACUUAUUCCAAAAGGCUUAGAAGGAACUCUGAAAAUUCCUCUAAGUAACUGGCUACUGAGAGUAAGGAAGUUGCAUGGUAUAACCGAAGAUCUGAGUUGACUCACUAAAGUUUUUUCAUAUUUUUUCUAAUAUUAAAAUAAUUUGUUUUCAGCACCCCUCACAAUUAUAUUUUAAAUUAAGGUUAUUAAUGUUUUAACCUAGAUCACAUAAUGGUAAAUUAAUUUUUAAUUUGACAUUCAUACUGAACUUGGAAAAAUGGAUUGGAUCUUCUCUGAUUUCAAUAUGUGAUACUUUUUAUUGUCGAAUUUCUUUGUUAUGUCUUCGUGGUCAAUGGAACCUGUGGAAAUAAAUCUGUGUUCUUUUUUGUGGUGAGGGAUGAGGGUAGAAAAAAGGAGAAUUGCUCUAAUUAUACAUAUGCAUUUUGACUAUAUGAAAGUAGUUGUAGAAUUAAUAUGUAUAAAAGACAAGUUAACACUUACCUAUUCUGAAUUGUUCUAAGGAACAGUGGCCUGAAGCCAUGGCUUGUUUUGUGGAGCUGCUUGCUCUUUAAUAGUAGCUGACCAAUUGGAUUUAAGUUGAGACUAUGGGGUUAGGUUAUCUAGCUGAGGCUUUUGGGAAUGGAGCAGACCAUGUCUGUUCUUGUAGUGGAUCAAUUUAAUUUCCUCUUUGAGUACUCUAAUUUAGAUAUAGGUAUUAUUCAUUCUAAAUCUUUGUGUUGGGAGUUUUAUAGAACUGUUGUCAAAAGCUAUUAAGGAUGAAUACAAGUAUAUAUAUGUAAAACAUUUCACAGACGGUUAAAAAUUUCAUUUUUUUUUGUUUUAGUUUCAAAGGUUAGUUAUGUAGCAUCAGUAUCAUAACCAAAGCAAGUAGGAAGUUGACUGGUUUGGAGAAUCUUCAAGUAGUCUUAAUACUGUAAUGUAUCAGAUUGUUAACCAGGAUUUUUUUCCUGUAUUUCUGCUAAAUGUAUUACUAUAUUAAUGCACUUUUGUAUAUAUAACUGUCUUCUGUACAUUCUGUACUUACUACAGUGUAUAUAAAGGCUGUUUUUCCUGAAACUGAGGGAAAAACAAUAGCUGUAACACAAGUCAUUUCUAUUUUGAGUUCCUUCUUGUACUUGAAAGUAGUAGUUCAGUAGUUAAAUCUAAAUCAGUAUGUAUGGUUGUAAUUAAAAUGGCUAUGUGGCAGAGCUGUCUUUUGAAACUGAUUAUCAGAAUGAAAAGUGUCUGGGUUUUUAAGAACUCCUGUAAUAUUUUACAUUGUCUCUUUUGAUGUACCAUGAAUUUUUACAAACCCACUGCUGCUUACUACUUUAUACUUCUGAAUCCACUCCUUUUCAUGUCCCAUCUCAGAACAUUUAUCAACAGAGAAGAAUUGCUCUUUUCUUUUGCUCACGAUUUGGUUAAGGCUCCAUAAACUUGUUUUGUGAAAGCCCUACUUUCCCAAAUGUCAUUGGCAAAUCUUUUUUUUUUCUGGAAAGAUCAGUUCUAGUAAGUGAAAAUUAGGUCUAACCUUUGUUUACAAAAAUCAGAUCUAUUUUCCUUAUAUAUUGUUCUAGAGUAUUUUUAAGUUAUAAUUAUGUAAAUGUCUGUGAGCAGUUUUAUGUAUAGUGCAGAAGCAAUUCAGCUUUUCAGCAGCAGCUUUAUCUCUUGCCACUAGAGGGAGGUCUGUGGUUGCUCUCUCCAGAAAAUACCUUAGCUGCUUUCCUUUUGUUAAUUUCGUGCUCAAAAUUCCUUUUGUGAUAUUAAAUACUUUGAUUUAUUAGUCAAAGGUAAGUUAAUUGAGCUUGUUUAAUAAAGCCAAUAUUAUUCAUGCUUUUCUGUAAUCUGCAAUUUUUAAUAAAUGUGAGUUAGAUAUUAAGUGAAA